AUGGCGAGAAAAUCUGGCGGAAGUCGGAAGAAAAGAGUGAGAACCAGCUCGAGCAAGAGCCCCGCCUCGAAACGACAGAGACUCUCCUCGCGCCGGCCUGAUGUCUCAUUCCCAAUCGGCGAAGUCCACCAGCUAUUGGAGUCGAAAUUCACCUCUGGCCGUGUCAGGUCGGAGGCCGCUGUUUUCCUCACAGCAAUCAUCGAGUAUGUGGCCGCAGAGCUCCUAGAGUUGGCCAUCAACCACGCUCGCUCCAGAACGGGAUCGACCAAAAAAGCUACACAGUUGACCCCGGAGGACAUUGACUAUGUCAUCGCACAGGAUCCAGCCUUGAAAGAACUUUUUGAAAGAAUUUCGUCGAUGAGUUCGGGCUCCAUCUAA